GUUUUCUCAAGUAUCCUGAAGAAACCUGCGUAUAUAUAUAAGAGGAAUACUCUCAAACCCAUGUGCAUCUAGUCUGCAGACCAAAUAUCAAUCUCUUCUCAUUCACCAGAGCUUGUUCACUUCUCUAGUCACACAUGGCUGAACAACGACAACCGUUGUUCCGCUUCCGCGUCCCAUGGCUUUCAGGGACUUCCGCUUCCCGUGCCAGGACCGGAACCCAACCUCCUCGCCCCACAAAUGGAAGUACGGCCCCUUCCCAGCCAACGGCCUCCACUUCUGUUCCCCGUCCACCAUUUAGACCUGCUGGAAUAGCCCAACCGCCGCCGCCGUCACCCCCUUCCCCUCCAGCCCGAGUCCCAACGCCACCUAGGCCAUUAUCUCAACCACAAUCUCCACCAAUACCACGUGCAGCCCCAGAUUCCACCAUCGCUCCUAAACUCGAAGAGCCAACCCUAAUGGCAGAUCGUCCACAAGCCGCAUCCUCGCCACCGAGACAAUCUUCAGCAGUGCCCCGAAUUCCGCCUACCUCUCCCCAAGUCCAAAAGCCGCCCGAGGUAACAUUACAACCUCAAUCACCGAUUCCUGCGGCCCCCGUAGCCAGCGCUGCUUCUCAGCCGACAACACCAACGCUGGCAAGACCUCAACUGAAGGCCCCAUCCUUGCCUCCGUCGCCUUCACCUAAACCUUCAUCUCGUGGACCUUUCCUGCCCCGUUCAGGAGAGGAAACAGUGGCUGAACCUCAACCUUCUCUGUUGGCUCCCGAGCCGCCUAAAGAAACAUUACCACAAACCUCUUCUCCGGCUCAGAAGGCAACUCCGCCGCUCCCAGAAUCGGCAGCAUCUUUGCCUCCACCACCCGCUGAAAAGAGCUUGUUGCAAACUCCCAUUUCUCAACCGCCAUUGGAACCUCCACCGAAAGCAGAAAUCAAAGAUGAAAGUAUCUCCAGGCCAGGAAAUGACUAUACCAUCGAGGCUCCAGCAAAGCGUGAUGCAACAACGAUGCAGGUAUCCCCUCUCACCAGAAGCGCAACUGCUAAUAUAGCCAAGAUUGAGCCACCACCCCAGUCGGAGAGACUCGAUCCCAUGAGUACGAGAGGUGUUCAUCCCGGUCUGUCAGGUAAAGUAUCAGAAGAAGCUAAGGAAGCGAAGAAUGACGAGGAACAAUUCCCAAAACAAGAAAGGAUUAGAAGCCAGGACAGCGAAGAAACGCUCCAGGGGACACUAACAGCAGGAUCGAGGCUAGAUACGCAAACCAAAGAGCCACCAACUGUUCCAUCACCAGGAGAGCAGAAGCAGAAGCAAGAAACUCCCGAGGUGGCGUCAGCGACUACCGCUUCCGGUUCUCGUGGAAAGCACACCAAAGCUCUUAAAAGUACACAAUUUCCUAAAGGAAGGCACAUGGUUAGUGAGUCUCAUGACAAACCUGUCGCAUCAAGAGGGGAGCAAUCUUCCCUACCCAAAGAGAUAAGGGAAGAGAUAUCGAAGCUAGUUCACAAGUUGACGACCGGGCAAACGCAAAGGACUCCGGAUGAUAAGCCAAUCAGCACAACAACCAUGGCGGGCGAGAACAGAGGAGCCUUGAUGCAGUUAACUUUGGAGUCGGCCAAAAGGGAGGGGUCAAUUCACAUCCACCGCGGUUACAAGACUGACCCGGAUGAGAGUCUCGAAGCCCCCACCGAUACGGAGGGGUCAUCAAAGCAAGAAAGGCACGAAGGCCCCAAAACUGAACAAGAACCUGGGACAGAGGCUUUUAUUAACAGCAAUGUCCAAACUGUCAACAACUCCAUGGUGUUUGAGAGCUCGAUUUCCGCGAGGAACCCCGGCGUUCAGAUGGAGCUCUCUCCCGACAUUGCAGAAGAGGUCGAGCCGAGCAAUCAGACUGAGACCCCAGAGACGCGCAAGGCUGAAUUUAGUCUCACUCCAAGCGAGAAGCUUACCUAUGAACCUACCAUAAGGCGAAGGUGCCUGAGAGGCCUCCUCCUGGAAUCAAGCGAUUCAGAUCCGGAUAAUACCGCGAAGCCUCGGCGUCAUGGCUGCCGCUACAGCUGCGGGGGGACAACCAAAGAGAAAGAUGCCAACGUCCCUUGACUGCGCUCUACCUCUUGAAUGAGACCGGCGCGCGCGAGCAAAAUAGAAGUGACAAUAAAAGUGAUGUAAAUGAAUCACUGACAAUAAGCAUGCAGCAUCUGCCACUGAUUCAUGCAAUGUAUCGGAAUAGAUCAUAAGCCGAGUGACUUUGCGUAUAUUAAUCAUAUCAUAGCACCAACAACCAAGGAUUUCAGGCUUCUUGUGCUGA